AUGCGCGUCCUCAAUAAGAAGCCCGCCUCCGCCUCCGCCUCCGCGACCGCCGUGGCCAAGGACGGCGCCAAGGCCAGCGCUGACGCCGCCGCUGCGGCCUCCAACGGCGGGGUCGCCGACGCCGACUCCACGGCCUACGCCGUGGGAGAUGGCGCCGAAGCGGAUUCUUCAGCGGGCGCCUACGCCGACGACUGGGGGUACGCCGAUGCGGACAGCAAGGCAGUGGCCUUGGGAGAUGGCGCAUAUGCCGACUCGGAUGCCGGUGCCUAUGCUGAUGGCGAGGUGACCGCAGUCGCCGACUCGAAGGCAGUGGCCUAUGGCGACGACGCGACGGCAUACUCCGACGCCACCGCCAAGGGGGAUGCCAAGUCGACGGCCUAUGCUGUUGCGUACGGGGAGGACAACGGAGACGACGGGCACCACUACGGGUACUACCCGUAUCCGUACUACCACUACUAUCCCACUGCCGGUGAUGAUAGCAACGACGCCGGCUACGAUCCGUACUACUAUUAUUACCACGGCUACCAUGGGUACAAGGCCGUGGACCCCGAGAUCAAGUACCCGUAUUAUGGUCACUACGUGGUCGUGGAGGAGGAAGCCGAGGAGGAGGAGCUCACUCCCGUCAAGUACGUCGAUCCCACCAUCCUUGCCUACUACGCCCAGAAGGUGUAUGACUAUGGGUGCUACGAGGGCAAGUAUUACCGGUGCACGUACGACGAGUCAUGCGGAGCGUGCCCCUACGGCUACUUCUGCGGAGAGAAAACCGAGGAGGUUUGCGAGGAGGUCGAGGUGUGGGCCAAGAAGUGUGACCCCAAACCUGUCAAGCGGUGCGUGCCGGACCUGUCCGCCUGUGGCACCGGCUUCUGCAAGUACAACGAGAAGUGCGCGGCGGACUACUAUUGGUGCGGUGCCAAGUGGUGCACACCCAAGUACUCGUGCGUGGCCGUGAAGACACCCAAGAAGUGCGUGUGGGAGCUCAAGGAAGGCAAGAAGGUGCAGACAUGCACGGACUACGCCCCCGAGGCGUGCGUCGCCGGCCAGGCGCCAUGCGCGAUCGGCUACAAGUGCACCGAGGACCCAUGCCAGAUGGUCAAGUCGAUCGUCAAGAAGUGCGCUCCCAAGACCGUGCCGGUCUGCGUUGCUUACGACGUCCCCAUCUACAAGACGCUGUACAAGGAGUGCGGCCCCGGCUACUGCCACCCGGGCUACAAGUGCGAGUCCUUCGACCACGACUCGUGCGCGGUGAAGGUUGUCGCCGCCCCCGUGUACCACGGCUACGACGACCCCGUGGCCUACGACCCUGUGUACUACGACCCCGUCGACGACUCCCCCGUCAAGUACGACGACGGAUACGUGGAGGACAGCCUGCCGUACGUUCCGCACUACUACGGCGACGACGACAAGGACAGCGCCACCGUGACCGCCACUGCAGUCUCCAAGAGCACCCCCCAUGGGGCCGUGUCUUACAGCAACGUGGACGCGUAUGCCACGGGUGAUGGUGUUGCCAGCGGCUGGGCGGGCGCCGAGGCGAGCAACGGCUACGGUGACAGUGCUCACUCUGGGUCCGACGCCACAGCCAGCAAGGACAAGAGCACCGCCGAGACCACCACCAGCACCACCGGGUACGGCGUGGCCUUGGGCGAGGCGACGGGCACCUAUGAAGACGGGGACGACAAAUAG